GGUAGGUAAGGCGGAGCGACGUUCUCUCCUGUUCUGGGCCUGAUAGAACGAUAACAUUUACCGUAAUCUGAAAGGCGAAAAGGAGAGCCGCAUUUUCUCCAACAAUCCUGAACAUUGCAUCCUUCUAGCCUUAACUGUGGACACUGAACUUCAGAGCUAUAGUCCAAAAUGUCCACUGUUUACUAAAAGCACACUGAGCUCCAGCCUGCAGCAGUUAGGUGUGACCAUGGAAACUGAUGCCGAGGUUAUUCCUAUUUGGCAGAACAAGCCUCAUGGAUCCACCCGAAGUGUGGUGAGGAGAAUCGGCUCCACUUUGCCCCUUAAGCCCUGCCCCAGGGCAUGCUUUCAGGAACUUCCAGGCCUCCCCCCCCUGAGGCCCAUGGACGGUCCCAUGGUGCCCACCUUGGCAGACAUCGCCUGGAUCGCAGCUGAUGAGGAGGAGACAUACGCCAGAGUUCGGAGUGACUCGCGCCCCCUGAGGCACGAGUGGCGGCCAACACCCCUGCUGGUGCUCCACAGGAACUCCUCCGUGCCCAACUUCCGCCGCGAGGGCAGCAAGAAGAUGGAAGGUCUGAGGAAGCCAGGAGUGACGGCCAUGAACAGAACCACGGCCUUGCAGGACGAGCUCAGCAGGCUACGUUCCCAGAUUGCCAAGAUCGUUUCCAACGACACUGGCUCCAACCCCAUGACCCCUGACCUGCUCUCCCCUGACGACACUAGUAUGAGUUUCUCCUUGGCGCCCUUCGAGACGGCACCAUACCAGCCUGCCGCCACUGCUGCAGCUUCCUUCGUCAUCAGUGAUGUCACCGAGGAGGAAGAGGAAGACGACGAGGAGGAAGAUGAUGUGGUGUCCGUCGUAUCGGAGCUGGUGCCCGACCCCCUACCACCAGUGUCCAUGACCGCCUCAGCCACGUUCGACCUUGACCGCCCCAGCAUGGAGUUCCGGGAGGCAGAGGAGGACACGGUGUCCCUCUCCAAGUCCACCAGCUUUGCUGAUGUCAUGGACAUCCUGAAAGACAUGAACCGAAUGAAGAUGAGCAAGGACAGAUACAACAGAGGCUGUACAUCGCUGAGAGAGGAAAACUCUGCUUCCCUAAUCUCUGAGGCUCUGAGGAAGAAGUUUACACUGAAGGAUGAAGACAUUGGUGGUGUCAAACGGAAGUAGCCCUAGCAAGUCGCCCUUCUUUUCCACUCCAUGCCUUUGCCUGUGGACUGUGUUACCAUGGAGACCCAUCAUCACCUCAUUGCAAACAGCAAUCCACCAGCCAGGCCAAAUGUAAACCCAACUCCAUUACAAGGAAAUAGAGGACCCUUACAUCCCUCUUCUAUACCAAUUAAACCUCUCUCCCACCCUUCCUCACACUCUUUCUGCCAAUGUAACUCACUAAAAGAAGCUUGUUUCAUCACAUUGAUAUGAAGUUAACGACACGCGGAGUCUUUCGUGUCCCCUGUAGCGAUGAAUACUUCUGGGAUCUCACAUCCCAGCUUGACAGAUUAUCUUGAGUAGAUGUGUUAGGCCCAUCAGACUAACUCUACUGCUAGAUCUACUCCAUAAUCAUCCAACUACACGCUUGGUUCAUUCUCUUGUGGUCCACCCAUAGUACCAUAUAGUGAGUGAGUUCUCAAAGGUGUUUGCUUGCUCCAGCAAACUGAUGGGACUCAACAGAAAAAGGACGAACCUUUCAGACAGAGUUUUUGUUAAAGUAAAAUAACAAUCCUUCUAUACAGACUUGAAAAGGUUGUGUGUAAACAUGACUGGCUACAUGUGUGCACAUAAUCUUCACAUUUUCAGUUAUGAUCUAUAUUUGCAUCGCGACAUUGACUUUACAGUCAUUGCAACUUGUAUAGCAUUUCAGAUUGGUUGUUUGCCGUCACCUUCUGACACACCCCCAACUCCAAAGCACCACACCACUGGGAAAAAAUAGUUGGCUUUGGGGUUCUCAAUGAUGGAGCCUGACUGAGGGCCGCUCGGGGGCAAAUGUAACUCACUCUGUAUCAGUGGAUGAAGAAAACUGGCUAACAGAAUUAUAUUGUUUGAAGUGUGCCCUGUAUGAUACAUUAAAGCAUGUGAGAUUUGGUUGUUGUUUGUCGAGGCAGCACUUUACUUCACGGGCCUCUACAGUGACUCAAAAGAUCAGUAAAUAACUAAAUAUGUGAAUGUUGCAAAACCAUAAAUAUGAGGGCAGUUUUUUUGUUGCUUGCUAAUGGUCAAUUGAUUAUCAUUAGGUAGCUCCUACAAAUAAAGUGCUGCCUCUGUAUAUUACCAACUGUAGUGUGACUGAGUUAUCCUCCCUUGUGUGCUGCUGUUGUGCUGAACCUGCCUGCUAGUUGAAUACAGACACGUGUUCAUGUUUUGAGUGGGCUGUAGAAAACUCCAGAUUUCCCUACCGUGAGGAUUGUGUGGCUCCUUGUUUUUAGGCAACUGCAACAUCACCCCUUCAUAGGGAUUUACUAUGUACCAGACAUUUGUGUGAAUAACGACAUCUCCUGUUGACGCCUUACUACAAACCUAUUGCCUCUUCCAAUGACUGAACUUUUUGCUUUAAUUAUUGGCUGAUGAUGUGCCACGAGUUUGCUUUCUUUUAUCUUCCCUCCACCUUAGUUCUUCCUCUGUUUCUGACAUGUUUUCACUCAAUGUUCCCUCUUUGCUACUAGAACCUGUGUCCCCACAACCCAUCGGGAGGUUUAAGAACCGUGCUUAUAAUAAGCAUUCGUUGCAACUGCUUGUAGAGCCAACUCCCUGUCUCCUCUUAGACCUUCUGCUCUUUUGGUUGCUCUGGUGGUGGUCUCCAACCAUAUCAGGAUAGUCUGGGUGUAAAUAAUUUGGAGCUGAGUGAAUUACAGGUCAUUUUUUAGUCGCUGACAACCUUGUAUGGUCCUUGCCAUGUCAUCUACAUGGAUGAAGAAGAAUAAUUUUCCCUGUCGUGUCUCUGUACACUGUAACUGUCAGUUGUCUUUUUUGUGUUUGAAUUUCAUGGUUACUGUCCCCCAGUCUUUUUCAAUAUUCCCAUUUCAAGUGUUUGACAGCAGUUGAACUGAGGCCAAGUUAAGCUAUGGCCAUAUAGAACUUAUGGAUUGAUAUGAUUUGUUUUUAUAUGGUUCAGUGGUUGAGUGGAGUGACUUCAUGAGAACCUGAUUAAGAGAACUGGUGAGACCUCUAGUCCCACAAAAGAAAUUUAUGGAUUUUCUUAUUUUGUCAUCAAUAUUUUACAACUGUCUUUUAUGUUAUAUGUUUAUUCAAGGUAAACCACCUGAUAAGCUGUCAUCAUAUAUCUGUCUGCCGCCAAACUGAAAAACUUUUUUUUGAUUGUCUUGUGUUGAAAACAAAUAAAAAUGGGCUGUUGUUUUGAA